UAACACGCGAUGUCUGGCUAUAAAUUUUUGCCCUCCAAAGCCACAGGUAUCACAGCCUUUCUCUCUCCUAUAAAAAAUCCCCAGACAGAGAGAGGCAUCCCCAAAUUUUGCAAUAUGGGAAGUGAAGCUGAGAUUCCUAGAAAGCCCAGGUUUUUAUGCCUUCAUGGAUUUAGAACAAGCGGAGAAAUUCUGAAGACACAAGUGCACAAGUGGCCUGAAUCAGUGCUUCAAAUGCUCGAUCUUGUUUUUCUAGAUGCCCCUUUUCCUAGCCAAGGAAAAUCAGAUGUGGAAGGAAUCUUUGACCCUCCUUAUUAUGAGUGGUUCCAAUUUAACAAGGAAUUCAGUGAAUACACUAAUUUUGAUGAAUGCCUUGCUUAUAUCGAGGAUUUCAUGAUCAAGAACGGACCCUUCGAUGGCCUGCUUGGUUUUUCUCAGGGCGCAAUUUUAUCGUCUGGGCUUCCCGGAUUGCAAGCGACGGGUGUGGCUCUAACCAAAGUGCCCAAAAUAAAGUUUCUGAUAAUAAUUGGAGGAGCUAUGUUUAAGUCACCAUCUGUGGCUGAGAAAGCAUAUGAUUCCCCAAUUGAAUGCCCAUCCCUCCACCUUUUAGGGGAGACGGACUUCUUGAAGCAAUAUGGUAUGGAACUCUUGAAAUGUUGCGUAGACCCUGUUGUGAUUCAUCAUCCUAAGGGUCAUACGAUACCAAGACUUGAUGAAAAGGGUUCGGAAACCAUGCUGAGCUUCAUUGACAGAAUUCAAAACAUGUUACUAGACAAGUAGAUAAUGGUGGUGCUUAUUUAGCGCACCAUCGAUUCACUUUAAGCGGAUCAAUAGUGUAUGAUGGCUAGCCAGAGCUAGUAGUGAUAUUAAUCCAGUGCCACCAUGUAUUUUUUUAAUGCAAUUUUACAGUUUCCGCCCCAUUCAUGCUCUUAUUGUUGUUUCUAUCUGCUGCCUUACAGGCGCUUUCUUCUGAGUGAGCCUGUGUACUGGUAUUUUAUGAAUCCAAGUCAUUAUUUUCCA